UCUUCGCCGCACGCCUCAUGCCGCAUGCCUCUGCCUCCACUCAACCGUGCCCGAGUCGCCGGCCACAAAGGCCACUUCGUAGGCCACUGACGCAUCGUCGGCCUCUGACGCAUCGCGCCCCGGACACUGAUGCAUCGUCGACCAUAACACAUGCUCUAGUACCAUUGUUGUGAUUCUAAAUGUGUGUAUUAAUAUAUACCUUUCACGUGAUGCUUUCUGGGUACUCCAUGUAUAGCUCCAGUAUCCACUCAUGAAGCCACCACCUCCGUUGACUACUUAUUAACCCAAAGCUUUCUCUCAUUUCAUUCCACUAUGCAAGCAACGCUACAAUAGAUAAUGGAGAUCACAAUAGCUGUUAUAUUCCGCCCUCCUCUAUAUAAUAUGGCUUCAGGUUCCGCUCCCUAUCUUGCUAUGGAGUAAGGAGGAGGACUUAGAUAAGCCACAAUGGUCCGCAGUUCUGAUCUUUCUUCUGUUCUAGUCAUCGUCCUGCUCUGCCUCUUUGCAGGUAGCUUCGCCACAGCCGGAAAAAAAUCCUCCGCCGAAUUCGUGCGCGACUCCUGCAAGGUCACGUCGUACGUGGAGGUGUGCGAACAGAGUCUCUCGUCCUACGCGCCGGUGGCCCACCGGAGCAAACGCCAGCUGGCCCGGCUCGCACUCACCCUCACAGCUGACAGCGCCAGCUCCGCCUCCGCCUACGUCAGCCGGGUUGCAGCGGCCAAAGGAGGCAAGAAGAGCCUCCGGUCGUCGACGCAGGAGGCAGGCGCGAUUCGGGACUGCAUCCAGAUCAUGCGCGACGGAGUGAACCGACUGCGGCGGUCGAUCCGCGAGAUGAACCGGAUGGGUCGACUGGGUAGUAGCCGGUUCGAGCAGCACCUGUGCAACGUGAAGGCCUGGGUCAGCGCCGCGCUCACUGACGAGAACAUGUGUCUCGACGAGCUAUCUCAGUUCGCCGGACCGGCGGUAAGGGAGUCAAUCAGGAAGAAGGUGGUGGAGUUAGCCCAACUCACAAGCAAUGCCCUGGCCCUCGUCGACCAACUCGACCCGUAGGGAGAGUCUGAAAGAUCACUUCAUAGAAAUCAAGAGUAGAGAGGUCAUGGUUUGACUUGUCUGUGCAUUGUACGUAUAAGUACGUGGGCAUGUAGCUACGUUGUUUGCAUUUACGACUUCAUGAGGGGAGCUGCAAAGUAUGGCAUGACUGUGAUUGAUGUGUUUAGUUAUGAAUCAAUUAAGGAAAAAGGUGAGAGCAUAAUUAGUAGUGUAUGAAGUUUUGCUGUGUAAUCACGGUAUACUAAUUCUUAACAAUAUUACCCUACAGAGAGUACGCUGGUUUUAAAAUCUAUUUAAAAGUGUUUCAUCCAAACAGAGAAAAUAAGGCUAUAUACAAAUAUUCAAAUGAGCAUGGGGCAAUCACAUGUUCAUCUCUAACUCUACACCUAUGCCUUGAAACCCCCACCAAGGCGAUCGAGACCUUCAUCAGUCAUCACCGCACUCAUCCAAGCUGUCCCUUUAACAUUGAGAGUCCUAUAGUAAUCCCACUUGGUUAAGAAGCUUCUAAUUUAAGCGAGUUGAAAUAGUCCCUCUUGAUUUAACCCACUUUAGCCAAACUAGGAUCAAUUCAAGCAUAUACAAACUAAAUCAAAUCUCAUCACCAAUGGCAGAGCCUGGACCCGGGCUACAAGUGUCCUCCAAAGGGAUCUCUAGACUAAAGACCCUCUUUUUUAACUUGGAAAUUAAAAAUCAAUAUAUACAAUCAAUAAGUAAAACUAAUACUACUUUGACUGACCCCUGGCUACA